AUGAAUGAAUGGAUCCAGCCACUUAAUAGUCUCCAAUCUGUGUUUUUUGGGCUUGGAUCUGGACCAAAAAAGGGUCCAGAAAUCGCUAGGGGCGACUUCUUUUCUUUAACAACUCCAUUUUGUGCUUCUCUUGCCGAGGAGUUGGUGAAAAUGACAGAACAGUGUGAAAAGUUGCGUGGGGAGGCUGCUGUGUUACCUGGUUUACGAUCAGAGCUGGAGGCACUGAGGAGGAGGCACUCUGCUGCGUUGGAGUUGAUGGGUGAACGUGAUGAAGAGUUGGAGGAACUUCGUGCGGAUAUUGUUGACUUGAAGGAAAUGUACAGAGAACAAGUCAACCUGCUUGUCAAUCAGAUCCAGAGAAUGAAUCCAUCAAUGGGUAACACCAAUUUUUCUGAAGGUGCAGCUGGUUUAACAUAAAGGGUAAUUUCCAGCAACUGUUUGAGAUAGCCGUGCAUUUGAAGUUGAGUUACCGUAAUGGUAUAUUGAGGAUCAAUGCCUUUGAUCGACCAAUUCAAGCUUUUAAGUCUUAAUUGAUGGAAUUUGUAUGUUGUAUAUCUGGGCAAGAGAUAUAUACUGAAGGUGUCAUGCACCCUUGUUAAAUAUAAUUUGUAUUAUGACUUGGUGAAACGUUGUAUAGUCAAUCUCCUUAUACUACAUUCAAACUAUUAGAAAUCCUGAGAAUAUUUUUCCCGAGAUAGUUAAUCAUACAGGGAUUUUUUGGGGUGUGAUGUUCCAAAUAAAACAUAUAUUCGUUGAA